AUGGAGGUGGUGCUGAUCUUCCUCUGUAGCCUGCUGGCCCCUGCGGUCCUCGCCAGUGCAGCUGAGCAGGAGAAAGAAACAGACCCUUUUCAUUAUGACUAUCAGACGCUGAGGAUCGGGGGCCUGGUCUUUGCGGUGGUCUUCUUCUCGGUGGGGAUCCUUCUUAUCCUGAGUCGGAGAUGCAAGUGUGGUUUCAGCCAGAAGCCCCGCAACGGAGCCCCAGAAAGCAGAGAAUUGAAGUGCAGCCCUCAGAUGGAAGGUAGCAGCUCCAAAGGGGAAGUGGACCCAUUCCACUAUGACUAUGAUACUGUCCGCAAUGGGGGCCUGAUCUUCGCUGGCCUAGCCUUCGUCGUGGGGCUCAUCAUCAUCCUCAGCAAAAGAUUCCGCUGUGGGGGGCAUAAGAAGCGAAGACAAGGCAAUGGAGAUGAGCUAUAA